AUGAGACCUCUACAGGGCUGCAGAAGACAAGGCAUCAUACUGGGGAUUGUGACCCUCUGCCUGGCUGCUGGGUGGGGUCUACAGACCCAAGGAGGAGUAUCUUUACUAGUCCCGCAACCCAACAUAAACGCCACCGUGGCACAAAAUAUUCUCCUCUCUGUUGAAUAUUCUUGCAAAGGCAUAGUCUCCAUUGAGUGGAAGCAUGUGUCGAGUUGGGGCACCAACAAAAUUGUGGAGUGGAAACCGGGGAGUUAUACUAACAUAUCCAAAAGUUACAAGGACCGAGUGAAUACUUAUGAAAAUGGCUCUAUACAGCUUCUGAAUGUAGGUGUGAGAGAUGCUGGCUAUUAUGUUGUCACCAUAACAGAAGAGUUGGGAACCAACAUCUACGGCACCAUCGUAUUAAGUGUCUAUGAGAUUAUCUAUGAAGAUUUACAUUUUGUAGCUGUCUUCUUUGCAUUUCUCACUGCUGUGUCGGCAGUUUUAGUCUGCUGCAUGUGGUUCUGUAAUAAAUCUGUGCAUCUAUUCCAGAAUAAGAGAGACAAGCUUAAAGCAAGAACAGGUGAAGAGAUUGAACUGCAAACCAUUGAGUGUUAGCCAAGAACAUUUCAUAACAAAUAAUAUUUCUACCUCAAGAAAAAAUAAUGGUAAAGGAAAGGUGGGGAACCCACAAAAGGUAAAGUUUUUAUACAAUCUUUUUUUAACAUGACUGAUAUAGAAACUUUCUGACUUGCAAAUAAGACGAACAUCAAUUGGAGAUGGAAUCAGAGCUGUAUGUAUGGAGCCUCUUGCAACUGUGAAGAUUUCAGUUCUACCAUUUACACUGGACAAGGUCAAAGUGGACAGAAUGCUUACUUUGUUG